AAUCUGAAAAACAGCAACAUGAACUGCUGUGUGAGUGCUUCUUGACAGAAGAUUGGUGCUAAAAGAAAGAAUCUACAGUCUUGGUCUAGCAGGAUUUUGACAACUCUCCAGUUGCCUUGGGAGCUGGGGAGGUUGCUGUCUCUGAGCAGAUAUUUGCCAUUUCCUGCCUGGAUGCAAAGCAGUACUUGAAUCACAUCUGCCACUCUCAUAUUUGAGGAAAUAUAUUUUUGCUGUGUAAUCAGACAUUAAAUAAGAUAAGCUAUUAUGUCGAAGAAGCAAAACCAAAAAGACUUGUCAGGAUUUAUUUUUGAUGUGCAGUCAAACACUGUGAUGGCCCAAGGAGGUACCUUUGAAAACAUGAAGGAGAAGAUUAGUGCUGUGAGAGCAAUAGUCCCUAACCGCAGCAACAAUGAGAUUAUCCUAGUGCUGCAGCACUUUGAUAACUGUGUAGAUCGAACUGUACAGGCUUUCAUGGAAGGUAGUGCUACUGCAGUGUUGAAAGAAUGGACGGUAACUGGCAAAAAAAAGAACAAAAAGAAGAAAACCAAGUCAAAGCCCGCCGCAGAAUCAAGUGCCAACCUUCCUGACCCCAGCAAGCCAGCAGCCACUGAAGAACAGUCUGCAGUUUCGUCAGAGAAGGGCGGGAUUAAUGGUUACCAUGUCAAUGGUUCGGCCAAUGACACAGAGUCUGUGGACUCACUCAGUGAAGGCUUGGAUACACUUUCCAUAGAUGCAAGAGAGUUAGAGGAGAGUGAGCCUGCUAUGCCUGAGGGUCCUAAUGGGGCAGCAUUGUUUCAGUUUGAAAAUGGAAUAACCAACUUGAGUCCAAAAUCUGCAACCAUGCGGUCUUCCCAGAAUACUCAGUCCCUCAGAGUGCAACCUGAAUUGAGAAAUGCUGGCAAGCCGCUUGCCAGACCUGCCUCCAGCAACCAGUCUCUGGCUCCUUCAUCCCUAGCAAUGCUGGACGAUGUCCCUGUGGCCCCUGGAAACAAAAAACUAGGUUCCAAUAUUGAAAAAUCUGUAAAAGACCUCCAGCGAUGCACUGUUUCACUGUCUCGAUAUCGGGUUGUGGUUAAAGAAGAGAUGGAUGCUUCUAUUAAGAAAAUGAAGCAGGUGUUUGCAGAGCUUCAGAGCUGCCUCAUGGAUCGAGAAGUAGCCCUUCUAGGUGAAAUGGACAAAGUAAAAGCAGAAGCAAUGGAAAUCCUAAGCAGCCGCCAAAAGAAGGCAGAGGCACUGAAGAAACUAACUGAUGUAGCGGUCCGAAUGUCAGAGGAGCAACUGGUAGAACUCAGAGCUGACAUAAAGCACUUUGUUAGUGAGCGCAAAUACGAUGAAGAUCUUGGAAGGGUGGCUCGCUUCACUUGUGACCUUGAUGCACUAAAGAAAAGCAUUGAAUCCUUUGGACAAGUUUCACAUCCAAAGAACAGUUAUUCAACCAGGUUGCGGUGUAGCUCUAUUACCUCCAUGGCUGUGAGCAGCCCAGAUGAGUCCACUACCACAGUGUGUGCCUCUGCUUCUCCUAGCCUCAUAACGGCUAAUAAGAAACCAUCAUCCCCUGUAGAAAACUCCACCAAUGCAACAAGUCGCCCAUACCAGUCCCACAGAGAGGGUUUCCAGGGAAAUAGAAGAUCUGGUCAAGGUUACAGGUCCCAAGGACAACGCCAAAAUGGCUCAUCGCACCUCAAUUCAAAUCGCUACAGAAAUGGGUCUUGGUACCAGUCCAACUUCAGGUCCCGACCACCCUCUGGAAAUGCAAACAACCUCAACCAGACUUGCACCGCCGGAAUCAAUGGAACUGGAACUGGUCCUGAGCCAGGUCCACCAGCCCCAUCCAUACAGACACAUUUGGUCCCGCUCAACAAGGAAGCCAAGGCUCUGCCACAGAGGAAACCUAGAUCAAGCCAACAUGAGGCAUCUGAGUCCUGAGGACCACAAACUCUGCCACUUUCCAAAACUGGAUAACAAGAUUGUAGGACACACUUAGCUAGAGAUAUUAACAAAGAAAACUUACACUUUGCUAUCCAUGUGCCACCUCUUUUUCCCAAUCAUUCCAUUCUGGGAAAGCAGCUUCUUACUGAUGCCCCUCCUUAACAUCCAACGGCUCCUCUUAUGUUAGCGCCAGUUUUAAACAUUGGUAGGUCUAUAUCCUAAAAGCAUCUUGGGGGUGGGGGGAUAUCUUCCAAUAGCUCUAAUCCUAAAUUCUCUGAGUCCAACUCUUCCCAGGAUGGCACUAGCCAGGCCUUAUUUCUAACAGCAAAAGCUAUUCAUGCUGGCAGUGAAACAAGUUGCUGUGAAUUGUGAGUUCAAGAUGAGAAAUUUGAAGGGGAGAAGCUGUAAGAGAUUGCUGAAAUAGUUAUUUUCUUUUUUUUUGCAACUUAUCCUAAAGUCUACACUUGGGAAUACUGGGGAAUAUCUCUUCCAGCAGUGGGUGAGUUAUUCCCAUUUUUUCCUGAGAGAAUUAACAUGCUGUCUAUAUGUCAUGUAUACAUUUAGAUGUUCCCUAGUUUUAAUGUCUGGUGUGGGAUGGGAGGUUUCAUUUUUUCACUUCCCAGCCAAAAUCCCACUAUCUGAUCCUAAACUAAAUUUCUAGCAACUUAUUAGUAGUGCUAAGCCUAAGUGGUCGCAAGUAAAAACAAAGAUUGCUACAGCCUCUCUAUCCUUGUAUAAAUAAAAACAACAUACAUGUUUAAAAGA